AUGCGGGCAAAGGUGGACCAUUCAGGACUUCACAUUGUGCCGCCCGCUCGCCGUUUCUGGAACAGCUUUGCGCCGCAGAGUCGGUUCGCAAACGACGGAUCCGAGCCCAUAAUCGGCAGCGCGCACGACGGCAACGCGUACUCUGACUACUACUACGGCAUCUCCAGCUGGGACGGCGGAUCGGGUGGCACGACCGCCACGGGCUACUACUACCUGCAAGCCCUUGAUGGGGCUGGCGAGAAGAUUGCAGCGCAUGCGGGCGUUUGUGCCACGGCUGGUUUCGCCGCCGCCGCCUUCUUGGCGCUCGUCGGGCUGCGACGGGCGAGCCGUGGCCGGUCUGCGGGUACAAGGCACAUUUGCGCGCCGACACCCACUAACCUAGUCUAAAAAUGAGGGUCCGCCGCCGGCUCCCAUCUGCAGCCGGGGCCAGUCGGAGUACGCGGAGUAGCAGUAUGAGCAGCUGCCUCGUCCCCCACGUAGCAGUGUACCUGCAGAGGUGUGUUGAGUUACCCGUUUCUGAGUGUUCACAGUGCCCAUUGUUGAGCGAGCGAGCGAGCAAGAGACUUCAGCUUUCAA